AUGACGAACUGGAAACUGAUUUUUUGCUGCUUUCAUUUAAUAUCAGUGAUGUCUGCUGGUUUUGGAUUGGAAGUGACUAUGAGUCAAGAAUCCCUUGAGGUUGCCCGGGGUGAUGAUGUCACCCUUACAUGUAAUUUUAAACCUAAAAAUCAAAACAAUCCUCUUACCAUCAUCACAUGGAGCGGUGAUGCUGAUGGGACUGCACAGAAGGUUAUUUUUGGGACCUACUACUCCGAAAAUAAUUUAGUAGACAUUGGACCAGAGUAUGAAGGUAAAGCCUCCAUAGCGACUGAACUUGCCGCUCGAAAGUCAAUGCUGACACUAAAACAAGUAUCAAUGAAAGAAAGCAGAAAAAUCAGAUGCUAUGUUCAGAUUCCUGGGGACAACGAGGGUCAGACCUCUGGCACUACCUUCCUUUUGGUUCAGGUUCCACCAUCAAAACCCAUCUGUAAGUUAGUAGGCACAGCAGAAUACGGACAGAAUAUUAGCCUAACCUGUGUCUCUGAAGAGGGCUCUCCAACCCCUACGUACAAAUGGGAGGGAUAUGAUGUCAAAAACGUCCUCCGACCAUUUCCACCCAAAACCACUGAAAAGGAUGGAGUUUUGUCUCUGUUCAAUGUAUCCAUGGAGACGUCAGGCUUCUAUGUCUGCCUGUCAAGCAAUAAGGUUGGAUCAGAAAAAUGUAACUUCACCUUGUCUGUAAUCCCUCCCUCUAUGAAUAUUGCUUCCACAUUAGGCAUUGUUGGUGGUUGUAUUGCUGGAGUUGCAUUGCUUAUCAUAAUAAUUUUCUGCUGUUGUCGCAAACGUAAACAGAAACCGGAGGAGUAUGAAGUGGGAACUCCUGUAGUGGAAUAUCUUGACAAACCAUUAGCAGUAGUAGCAGAAGACUACAAAGACCAAAGGAUGAAAAACAUUGACGAGCAAAGUGAGAAAGUUAACCACGAUGACGUCAGAGAUAACUAUGAUGACCGCAUGGGUAUUCGUGAUGACCUCAGUAAUCGGGAUGAUGACCGCAAGGGUAGCCGUGAUGAGCUCAGUUAUCGUUAUGAUGACCAAAGAGGUAGCCGUGAUGAGCUCAGAGUUCGGUACGAUGACCGCAAAGGAAGCCGUGAUGACCUCAGAGAUCGGUACGAUGACCGCAAAGGAAGCCGUGAUGACCUCAGAGAUCGGUAUGAUGACCGCAGAGGUAGCCGUGAUGAGCUCAGAGAACGGUACAAUGAACGCAGAGGUAGCCGUGAUGAGCUCAGAGAACGGAACGAUGAACGCAGAGGUAGCCGUGAUGAGCUCAGAGAACGGAACGAUGAACGCAGAGGUAGUCGGGAUGAGCUCAGAGAACGGUACGAUGAACGCAGAGGUAGUCGGGAUGAGCUCAGAGAACGGUACGAUGAACGCAGAGGUAGUCGGGAUGACCUCAGCAAUAGGUAUGAUGAUAAAAGAGAACGCCAUACUGUAGGUAUAAUUGAGUGAGUAUUAUGAACAACAAUGGUAAUAUAGCCCAUAACCAUGAAAUCGUCAAUCUACUUUUUUGCUAGAUAGUAAUAAUAUGUUAUAUAAAACAUAAACUCUAAAAAUGCUUGUCUCAAAAAGGGACAAACCCAACCUUUGGGUAAAUUAACCUGUGCUGGCCUGCUGGGUUGUUUCAAUUCAAAAUUCUGGGUUGUUUUAAACCAUUGUUGGGUCAAAAAUAAAUAUUUUCUGGGUUAAUUUAACGCAGUGGCUGGGUUUGUCCCUUUUUAUCCAACGCUGGGUUGGAACGAGUAUAAAAUCAUCAGUCAUAUUUCUAAAUCAUAGUAAAUAUAUUUUGAUUAUUUUUCAGAAUCAUCUGGGUAUUUUUUUGU